AGGAUGCUUCUGAAAGACCGAUCAAUCAUCCUUUAGUCCCCUACAGGGGGGGCAGAAAUCCCCCACAGGAGGCCUCCUGAGAUGAACUAGAGCAGCAUCGUUGUUUGGCUGGCAGGAUUUCACGUACUACAAUGAAGACACUCGUUUUCAUUGGACUACUCUCUCUCACCUCCAGUCCUUUCACAACAGCUUCAGAACUUUCACUGAAUGGUUCUGCAAUUAAAACCGUGUCUCUUAUCAAGACUUUCCGUGGAAUUUCAGCAAGAGACUACGAUUACAUUCCCCCUUAUGCUCUAGAAGGGGAGACAACCACCGUCCACAUCAAAGAGCACAAAUGCUUUUCAGAAAAGUCAAAUUACUCCACUGUAGUAGAAGUGAACAACACCACAGUGGAAUACCUGACCAGCUCUUUGAGCACUAAACUAAUACCUCUUGUUUACCUCAGUGCUGUUUUAUUGGGGAUACCAUCUAACGCCAUCAUUUUGUGGAUGCUGCUGUUCAGGAUCCGGUCUGUCUGCACUGCCAUCCUCUACACAAACUUGGCAGUUUCAGAUCUGCUCUUCUGCAUUGUGCUGCCUUUCAAAAUAGUGUACCACAUCAAUGGGAACAACUGGAUUUUUGGGGAAAUGAUGUGCCGAACCACCACCGCAGUGUUUUAUGGCAACAUGUACUGCUCCAUUCUGCUGCUCACGUGCAUCAGUGUUAGCCGCUACGUGGCCAUUGUUCAUCCCUUCACCUACAAGAGCCUGCCAAAACGUGCCUACGCCAUUGUGGUCUGUGCUACUGUGUGGAUCAUCGUCUUCUUGUACAUGCUCCCACUUUGCAUAAUGCAGCAAAGCUAUUAUGUGAAACAACUGGGCAUUUACACCUGCCACGAUGUCCAUGACACCUGUGAAAAAGUAUCUUCCUUCCAGUUCUACUACUACAUUUCUUUGGCCAUCUUUGGUUUUUUAAUACCUCUUGCAACUAUUGUCUUCUGCUAUGUGUCAAUUAUACGAACACUCAAGACUCAGGAAUGGUUCUGGUAUGUUAAAGUCAGUCUUUUGAUCCUUGUCAUCUUUGCUAUUUGCUUUGUGCCAAGCAAUAUUAUCCUUAUUAUCCAUCACAUCAACUAUUACUAUUACAACACAGAUAGCUUGUAUUCUUUUUAUCUAGUUGCUUUAUGCCUCAGCAGCUUAAACAGUUGUCUUGAUCCUUUCCUUUAUUUUCUGAUGUCAAAGAUUAGAAGUCAAUCCAAUAUUUAUCUAACAAUGGUUAAAAUAUCCAGGGAAAAGUGACAUUACUUCUGUAUUUAUAUUAGUGGAAUUAUAGUUUUGUAUACAAACAAAUCUCAGGUGCAACAAUUAAACUUAAAAAGUGCUAGAAAAGACAGUCUCAGUAAAAUUUAUUUGCUUCCACACACGAGGAACAUCUACAGAUAUUCCAGCUGUAUGGUUUUAUGACCUGGAGUACCAGGAUUCACGGAAAUGACUCCGCACCUCCAUUUCCUUCUGAGAUUGCUUUCACAGCCAUGGAGAGGAAACCAAGUUAUCAGUCACCACCAGAAGAGGAAUCAGUAUCUGAACAGCAGCUGCAGGCCAAUUAAUGAUUUCCAAAUACUUCAGAUUUGCUCUCAGCCCACAACCACUGCAGGAGCAGUGAUGUGUAAAUAAGUUUUUGGCCCAGUGGAAACUGAAACAAGUAUAAGCACUUUUUAUGUGCCUGGGAGCUGCUGAGCUUUGCAGAAGCUUCCUGUCACAUAGCCAAGAGAAAAUACUACCCUGGAUGUUGGAAAUAGAGUCCCUACAGGUUCUAGGAGCAGUAAAUCAGAUAGAGCCAAACACUUUCAAGGAAGCAUCUCCUAUGAGGCUGCUUAACCAGAUUUGCACUGCAGACUUGUUCUUCCACUUCGUCAGCGCCUGUGCUCCUCUAUCUCAUGAGGAUUGCCGAGAGAUAUCCCUUAUCAGCGUGAAUCCAGACACGUAUUAUUCUUGUUCAGUAAGCAAAAUGGGGAAGCUGUUUUGUAGUAUUCUCUAUUUCCACAUCCUCACAGGAAAUACCUACAGUGUUACAAAUGAUUGAUUGUUCAUGGUAAUAAAGCAGAAGGUCAACUUGGAUGCUCACAGAAACUGAAAUGCUACAUAUGUACUCAAUGAGCUCAGUGGUAGGCGUUUGUAACUACAGCAUGUAGUAAAACAGGGAUGACAAAAAUGUUUUACAUCCGUUUGAUAACAGUGUUGUAAAAACCUUCACUAAUAAAAUAAUUUGCACUGGAAAAAGCC